UGAUACCGAGCUACUGAGACUGUUGGUCUACCUGGGCUCUAUGUACUACGACGUGAUAGAGGAAACGCCGGCUUAUACGUGGGACACUCUUUUGAGCAACAUUGGUGGUUCUCUCGGCCUUUUCAUCGGCGUGUCUCUGGUCAGCAUACUCGAAGUGCUGGAAUUCCUGUGGGAUGUCUGCAGAAUUUCCCUCCGUCGAUGCAGAAAAACUUCGAGAUUGGAAGCGUUACCUAAAGACGAGGUCAAUAACAUACCAUCAUCAUAAAUGUUUGGAGAUUCAAUAUUUUUAUGUGAAUUAUUGAUUUUAAGUGCAACUUUAAUAUCUACGCUCUUAAUCAUUGCCCUUUUUCAUGGUUUAAUGUUCUGAGUAUUCAAAUCCUAACUUUUUGAGUGUGUGAUACUAUUUUAAUUUGUUUCAUUUAUCUGUAUAUAUUUUAGAAACUGAGACUCGGUGUUAAAUGUUUGCAUUCUCAAAUGAAGAGAUAAUAUCCAGGUGAUGAAAUUUUCUAAUGUGUAAUAAAUGAUCCACAUGAA